AUGUUCACCGCAGGAUUGUUCAGCUCACUAUAUCGAAAACAUAAUUUGACAGGAAACGGAAACGCGGAAGCGGAAAACAAUUCGUGGACACAAGCUAACGACAGUCAGUUCAUUCAUCGAACAACUUCUAGUUUGUUGCUGCAUCCAACGCCGAGAAAAUGGCUGGUCAGGAUAUGCGACUGAACCACACGAUCUACAUCAACAACCUCAACGAGAAAAUAAAGAAAGAUGAACUGAAGAAGUCGCUAUACGCCAUCUUCUCACAGUUCGGGCAGAUUUUAGACAUUCUAGUAUCACGGACCUUGAAGAUGAGGGGUCAAGCUUUCGUCAUCUUCAAAGAAGUCAACAGCGCUUCAAACGCUCUGCGUUCCAUGCAGGGGUUUCCAUUCUAUGAUAAACCCAUGCGCAUUCAGUACGCGAAGCUGGACUCGGACAUAAUUGCGAAGAUGAAAGGUACCUAUGUGGAACGCGAUCGGAAGAAGGAGAAGAGAAAGGUCAAGGGAGCAGAGGGUGCAGGUGCCAAGAAGGGUGUCCCAGGAGCUGCAGUACCCAUGGGCCCAGGGGUACCCACGCCAAUGCCUGGAAUGCCUCCUAUGAGCCAAGCUCCUCGUAUGAUGCCAAUGCCUGGCCAGCCCCCUUACAUGCCCCCUCCUGGCAUGAUGCCCCCUCCAGGGAUGGGCCAGAUGCCCCCUGGUGCCAUGCCUGGCCAGAUGAUGCCAGGACAGAUGCCUGGGCAAAUGCCCCAACAGGUGUCGGAGAACCCACCCAAUCACAUCCUCUUCCUCACCAAUCUCCCAGAGGAGACCAACGAACUCAUGCUGUCUAUGCUGUUCAACCAGUUCCCAGGGUUCAAAGAGGUACGUCUGGUUCCCGGUCGCCACGACAUCGCCUUUGUGGAGUUUGACAACGAGGUACAGGCAGGUGCUGCACGAGAAGCGCUGCAAGGCUUCAAGAUCACCCAGACCAACGCCAUGAAGAUUUCCUUUGCCAAGAAAUAGCCUGGUUCUCACACACACACACACACACACAGACACACACACACAGACACACACACACAGACACACACACACAGACACACACACCUCAGAGAAGGCACAUGCAGAUGAGCUGUAGUCACGGACAAACCAGGGGGAGCUAUUGGAACGUAAUCACAGCCCAAGACUGAAUCACCACUUGCUUACACACACUCACACACUCAAUUCAGGCACGUGGCACAACUUCCUGAUCUCAUUCUCCUCUUUUAAUGAUGUGUGUCUUCUCUGAUGUCAAAUGCUACAGAAAGACAAACCUCAACACUGUUUCACCUCUACAGGAAUCUUAAGACUUUAACAGCAAUAUCAUUCCAUCGUCCUCCUGGCGAUGUCGUCCCCUCUCAGAUCUAUUGGACACUUACUAUACAAUAGUUCUCAGAGGAGAUUACAGGCUAUUAGGUAAAGGGCAGGUUUUUAAAUCCGUUUUCUUAGUCACAAGUACAUCUAAUUUAGCAAGCUAGUAGUGUGUGGGGGGGGGGGGGGGGGAGGGGGGAGUGUUGUGUGUCAGCAUUUCAUUGGCCGACUACAUUAUAUAAGAUCUAUGAGAAGGUCUCCAUCUUCAGGCUUUCCAUGGCGAUGAACUCUGGUGUCUGUAAGUAUCUGGUAGGGUUUGUAAGUAUAUUUUCAUUUUCAACUCUUUGUUUUAAAGCAUUGCACCCAGCGUCUGGUUCACCAGACAUUGUACCUGGCGCUUUUCUGUUUUGAUUAAAACAUUUUAUAUUA